GUACACAAGCUCCCGCGUUUAACGUUAACGUAACGAAGUAUCGGUCCUCCAUGGAAAUAAUAUGUAUGUAUGCAUGUUUGCAUUAUGUAAACCCAGCAAGAAAAAGAUCAUUGAGUAAUGAGUAGCGCGGCGUCGUAUUAAAUAACGCAUAACGCGAAUAUAUACGCACACACGCGACGUGUAUGAAUCUUCCGGAUGGAAACGUGUUCGUGCUACUGUGCGUGUACACGUGUAUGCGUGCGUACGCGUACGUGUGUGUCGUCUUCCAGUAUAAGAACGUUCAGCGGGGGUACCGACCCGGCAGUCUUCAGCACGUGUUCCGGGAAAACUAAAGAACGAUCCUACGUUGACGUCGCGAGACGAAACGACGCACGCAAUUCUCACGCACGUGAAUCGAAAGUCGAGUAUCGGUGAAAGUGAAGUAUCAAAGACUGUUCGAAGGUGCGCGAAAAAAGUCUUCAGGACGAUGACGAUAAAAUCAACUGACCUCGAGAUACCAUCUCUGAAAAGAGCGGGUUUCAACGGACGGUUAGCAUUCGCAAUCGCGGCAGCUGCUCUUGGCUCAUCGUUUCAACAUGGAUAUAACACCGGAGUCGUUAACGCACCUCAGCAGCUCAUUGAGGAUUGGAUUAAAGACCUGAAGACGAAUCGCACGGGCAUCCCAACGACAAAGACGGAAGUAACGUUAAUCUGGUCAUUGGCGGUAUCGAUAUUUUGCGUCGGUGGAAUGAUAGGUGGUUGUCUGGUCGGCUGGGUGGCGGACCGCUUCGGCAGAAAGGGCGGUCUACUACUGAACAACAUCCUGGUCCUGCUAACUGUGAUCUUCGAGGGUAGUGCUAAGGCGGCAAGAAGCUAUGAAAUGAUAAUCAUCGGCAGGUUCCUGAUCGGUAUAAAUUCCGGUCUGAAUGCCGGUCUAGCGCCGAUGUACCUGGCCGAAAUCUCCCCUGUGCAUCUGCGAGGUGCCGUGGGCACGGUGUAUCAAUUGGUCAUCACUAUCUCAAUCUUGGUGUCGCAAAUCCUGGGUCUGGAACAAAUCCUCGGCACUGCUGAGCAAUGGCCGUUGCUGCUGUGUCUGACGAUCGUACCUGCGCUCUUCCAGAUGUGCACGCUGCCUCUCUGUCCGGAGAGUCCAAAAUACCUGUUACUCACCCGUGGCAAAGAUAUGGAUGCGCAAAGAGCAUUGUCCUGGUUACGAGGUACGAUCGAAGUCCACGACGAGAUGGAAGAGAUGCGAGCGGAAUAUGAAUCAGUGAAAAUGGUGCCGAAGGUUACUCUCCGCGAGCUGUUUGUGAAUCCAGCUCUUCGCAUUCCGCUAUUCAUCUCGAUCAUGAUAAUGUUUGCCCAGCAACUGUCUGGCAUCAACGCCGUUAUGUUCUUCUCGACGAAGAUUUUCAGGAUGGCGCAGCUCGACAAGCACGCUGCUCAGAACGCUACGAUGGGUGUCGGCGCGAUGAACGUCUUCAUGACUAUCAUCUCUUUGGUGUUGGUAGAAAAAGCAGGCAGGAAAACGCUGCUCCUGGUCGGAUUUUCCGGCAUGUUCCUAGAUACCGUUUUACUCGCUAUUUGUCUUUUAUUCGCUGAAACAUCGCGGACAGCGGCGUACUUCUCGAUUGUGCUUGUCAUCAUGUUCGUUGUCCUGUUCGCUACCGGACCAGGAAGUAUCCCCUGGUUCUUGGUAUCCGAGUUGUUCAAUCAAUCCGCCCGACCAUCUGCCACCUCCAUCGCUAUCGCUGUGAAUUGGACUGCAAACUUUAUCGUCAGCAUUGGCUUCUUGCCGCUGCAGGAGGUGUUAGGCGCUUACGUGUUCAUCAUCUUUGCGGUACUGCAGUUGUUCUUCACGAUCUUCAUAUAUAAGAAAGUGCCAGAGACGAAGAACAAGACUAUGGAAGAGAUCAGCAGUAUGUUCAGACAAAUAUCAUACCAAUAAGAUGUCAAAAUGGGUAAAAUGGUUUUCGAAAACGUAAUCUAUAUCGGCACGAAUGAGUGCGUUCAUUCUCUCUUUUUCUUUCUCUAUUUUUGUCGAGAAACUCAGCGAUUUGGCAAAAGCGACACAUUAUUUUAUAGUCUAUCUAUCAACGCGCUUCCAACAUUCUGUCCCUGCGCAAUAUCUGACGAAUACUCAUGUGCAAUCGCGACGUAUAUUACAACGUAAUCCGCAAUAGUGCCAAUUUGGAAAUCAUAACUUUCUAUUAUUUAAUUAAUUUUUAGCCGUUUUAUUUUUAAUUUUUUAUCUCAGAAAUUCCGUUCCAACUCGUAUCGUGUACGCGUAAAUUCGCGUAAUUUCGCAAAACCAGCUAGAUUAAAGUUGUAAACUUAAUCUUAGUUCCUAUAUCGCAUUCAACGAGGGAAAAAGUCAUCGCGAAAUAUAAUUCUUUUACAAAGUCUUUCUGAUCAAUGAUUUGUUUCUUACUCUAGAAACAGUAAUGUAUGCCAUUAGUUAUACUGAUACGAAAGAUUACAGCUCUAGUCAUAAAAAGACCUAUAGACGGAGUAUAAUGUUGGAAGAAUCUUAUUUUUAUCAUCGAACCUUCUAUUAUCAAUUCGUUUUACAUCGGUAAAUCCGUAUCGCUUCGUUAAACAAAUUUUUAACGCGGUAUCGCGUAAAAUCGUAUAUCUUCAGAAACUAAUAAUGGAAAUACAAUUGGAAUAUUUUUUAUAGAAUAACGGUUUUAUAGUAGCGCAUGAAAAACUUGUAUGUUCCCACUAUCGAAAUAUAAUCAGAUCACGUUAUUGUAGGGGAAUUGAAAUUGUUAAAAAGAAAAAUAGAAUGAUUAUCUCUCAAAUGUGGGGGAGGAGGGUAUCACUUGCCUUUUUAUGAAAUAAUUUAUAACAGAAAUUUGAAGAAUAUUUUAUUAUGUGUAAACCGAAACGCAAGUUUCAUCCGAAUGAGAAUGGAAAGAAUGAUGUUGAGAUAAUUGUAAAUACAGGAAUAUGUAAAGACUAGUAUUGUGCAUAGCGUAGGAAAUAAUUAUAUUUAUGUUGUAUGUACGUAGAUUUGAUUAAUAUUUAAGGAUAUAUCAAGGUCAAUCUUUUUAAAUUAUUUUAACGGUAUACUUUUUAAAUUAAUUUUAAUGGAAUACAUAAAAAAACAUACAUAAAACAUAUUGAUAUAUUAAACGUAACUCAGGAACUUGUGCUGAUCAUUAUUUCAUAGAUGUAGCAGAUGGAUAUAAUGUUUCAUUUGUUUUUACGUGCCUGUGACCACAUUUUCAAAGAAUACUCAUUUGUAAUAACUGCUUUAUUAUUACAACAAUUUACGGAUUUAUUGUAAAAUAAAAGGCAUCUAAGUUUACCUGAUAAUACGUUAAAUAAUUCAUCGAUUUUUACCUAUUUUGUUCGAAAUGUGUCAUUUAAAAAAAAAUCUGAUGAAAAAUCCAGAUUUAUUGUAUAUGUUACCCAGCGUCUUUUAAACAUUCGUGUAUCGUACUCGUUUAUAAAUAAUUCAAUUUCUCUCGCAAAACUGUAAAUAAUGUAAAACUCUCAUAUGUCCUUUUUAAUCGAUUAUUGUCACUUAUCAUAUAAGUUCUUGUAAUGCAGUUAUUAGCAUUUAGGUUUAGACAAUUCUUUUAUAAAUAAAUCUACGAAUUCUUGCCAAUCAAAAGAAACAACGUUAGACUGGUAAUAUCUAUUAUUUGUACGCAAAAGUUAGUAUAAUUAUAACAAUUAUUCAAAAUUUGGUAUUCCUAUUGAGAUGUCUAUCUAUAAAAUAUAUUUUAAAUGUUAAAAUAUUUUUAAAAUGUGUUAGUUUUAUAAUACUUUUAAUGUCAAUAUAUCAUCCCAAUAAAAAGGAUUGGAAUAUCAG